UUUGGUCAGUGUUUGCAUUAGUUGGGAUCUUGAGCCUUCAUUUUUUAAUAUUAGACUUUGUUUGGCUGAGUUAUAACAGCCAGACAAACCAGAGGAAAGGCGAUCAUGUGGCUUUGAUUAUGUUUUGACAUGACCUGAAUAACUGAGUUAGGUUUUCUUUAUGUUAGGUUUGAUUACAUCAACCCUCUGAGCAAUAUGAUAUCUAUAGUCAGAUGUUUUUAAAACUUAUUUUGAUCAAAAACUUAAAAAAAAAAUCUUUAAUUUAGACACACAGACAUCAAGAAUUAGCGUGAGAAUCACAACAACGGUGACCAUCAAAAACUCAUCCAUGGCUCCCAUCAUGCAUUGCGGCAUGAAUGAAUUAUGGGCUGAAUUGUCUUUGUAAUUUCUUUUAUUCAUGCUGGCUGUUUGGCAGGAGUAAUCCUGACCCUAUGAAGUGCACUUGUGCCUUUGUUUCAAAGUGAAAACAUUUGGGACGAGAGCGAAGCAGACAGCGAGAGUGUGUGGGACUGAAAGACAAAGGCAGGUUCCAGUUACACUCUCUCUGCAGAUAAUGCUGCAGGUUCCUGGAGGGGCGGAGCCAGGGCCAUGAUGUCGUCGGCUCUGAAAGGGCCUCUUUGUUGGCAGAGAUCAGCACAAGCGUCCUGCUUUUCCUGUGGAUCGUCUCUCAGCCGACAACACUGUCGUCAAAGUGCUUCGUUUAACUCCUCUUAGUGUUUUUUCCGUGACAAUUAUCCGUAUGGAUGGCUAGUUCCUCACCGGACUGAGAAAACGAGAAGAACUGGAGCGGGGGGGAAAUGGAGCCUCUUACUCUGGAAAGUUGCUAGAAGAACCGCGUGAAGUCAGGAUGUCAGUGUUUUUAGCCGUCUUUGACUUCAUCUUCACGGUAUACAUGACAUAAGCUACUAACACAAACUUUGUGGACAGAUUUUUUUAUGUUUUCAGUCACUUUUUUGAGCAAUCGUUUGGAUAAAAGAGAAAACAGCGAUAGAGUUUGGGAACUGGAUCUCUUUUUUUGAAUUGGUCGCGUUGGGAAGCAAAUGAAAAUGUUGGAGAUUUGUCUAAAAUUGGUGGGCUGUAAAUCCAAAAAAGGUCUUUCUUCGUCCUCCAGCUGUUACUUGGAAGAAGCGCUUCAGCGGCCGGAUUUCGAGGCCCCGGGUCUGUCUGAGGCGGCGCGCUGGAACUCCAAAGAGAAUCUGCUGGCGGGACCCAGCGAAAAUGACCCCAAUCUGUUCGUAGCGCUGUAUGACUUCGUCGCGAGCGGCGAUAACACUCUCAGCAUCACCAAAGGAGAGAAGCUGAGGGUUCUGGGAUACAAUCACAAUGGCGAGUGGUGCGAGGCGCAGACCAAGAACGGCCAGGGCUGGGUUCCCAGCAACUACAUCACGCCCGUCAACAGCCUGGAGAAGCACAGCUGGUACCACGGGCCCGUGUCCCGCAAUGCCGCCGAGUACCUUCUGAGCAGCGGCAUCAACGGCAGCUUUCUGGUGCGCGAGAGCGAGAGCAGCCCGGGACAGAGGUCCAUCUCGCUGCGCUGCGAGGGCCGCGUCUACCACUACCGCAUCAACACGGCCUCCGACGGCAAGCUGUAUGUUUCAUCGGAGAGCCGCUUUAACACUCUGGCGGAGCUGGUUCACCAUCAUUCCACCGUGUCUGACGGUCUGAUCACCAUGCUGCAUUACCCAGCGCCCAAACGCAACAAGCCCACCAUCUACGGCGUCUCGCCCAACUACGACAAGUGGGAGAUGGAGCGCACAGAUAUCACCAUGAAGCACAAGCUGGGAGGAGGGCAGUAUGGAGAGGUGUACGAGGGCGUCUGGAAGAAAUACAACCUGACCGUGGCUGUCAAAACACUGAAGGAGGACACAAUGGAAGUGGAGGAGUUUUUAAAAGAAGCUGCGGUUAUGAAAGAAAUCAAACACCCAAACCUGGUGCAGCUCUUAGGUGUCUGCACACGGGAACCUCCGUUUUACAUCAUCACCGAGUUCAUGACCCAUGGAAACCUGCUGGAUUACCUGCGUGAGUGUAAUCACGAGGAGGUCAAUGCUGUGGUGCUGCUCUACAUGGCCACGCAGAUCUCCUCCGCCAUGGAAUAUCUGGAGAAGAAGAACUUCAUCCACAGGGACCUGGCUGCCCGUAACUGCUUAGUUGGGGAAAACCACUUGGUUAAAGUGGCAGAUUUUGGACUGAGUCGCCUGAUGACUGAAGAAACCUACAUAGCCCAUGUAGGAGCCAAGUUUCCCAUUAAAUGGACCGCCCCGGAGAGUCUGGCCUAUAACAAAUUCUCCAUCAAGUCAGACGUGUGGGCAUUUGGAGUCCUGCUUUGGGAAAUCGCCACCUAUGGGUUGUCUCCGUAUCCCGGAAUCGACUUGUCCCAAGUGUACGAGCUACUAGAGAAAGAUUACCGCAUGGACAGGCCUGAGGGAUGCCCAGAGAAAGUCUAUGAGCUCAUGAGGGCCUGUUGGAGGUGGAACCCUGCAGAGCGGCCUUCUUUUGCUGAAACCCACCAGGCGUUUGAGACGAUGUUUCAAGAGUCCAGCAUCUCCGACGAGGUGGAGAAAGAGUUGGGCAAAAAGGGUAAGAAGCUGACACUGGGUCCGAUACAGCAGGCUCCAGAACUUCCCACUAAGACGAGGACACUGCGAAGACAUACGGACAGCAGGGAUGGCGACAGUCCCGACGCAGCAGAGGCCGAGGUAACCGGGCCCCUGAUGCUCCUGAGGCCUGUCCUAGAUAGCAACUUAAACGAAGACGAUCGCCUCCUAGCCAAAGAUAAAGAUAAGUUCCGAAUGAAUCCGUUCAGUUUAAUCAAGAAAAAGAAGAGAACGGCUCCGGCACCGCCUAAACGCAGCAGCUCCUUCGGGAAGAUGGAUGGGCAACUGGAUCGUAGAGGACUGGCUUCCGACUGCAGAGAUGAUUUUAACAACGGCGCUUCCACUAACGACGGCAUCGACCCUUCUAAAUUGGUCGGCUCCAACAGUACAACGAUUGUCGGAGUCACCAAUGGAGCCAUGGUUUAUCCCGGUCAGCUCCUUCCAUCUCACUCACGGAAAAAGGGCACAACGUCAGCCGGGGGAGGGAAGCUUGCCACGACUCCACCCGCAGAAGAAGACCCCAUGUCAAACUCCAAGCGCUUCUUAAGGUCUUCUUCCACCUCUAGCAUGCCUCCGGGGUCCGAGCGCACCGAGUGGAAGUCGGUUACCUUGCCCCGUGAUAUCCAGUCGUCUCACUUCGACUCGGGAACCUUUGGAGGAAAGCCAGCUCUGCCUCGCAAGAAAGCCGAUUGUGUGCCCCGUGGUGGCACCCUUACUCCGCCACCGCGCCUUCCCAAGAAAACCGACUCAGAUGCACCAGACGAAGUGUUUAAGGACUCGGAGUCUAGUCCUGGAUCAAGUCCUUUGACUCUGACACCGAAGCUCAGCCGUCGGAUGGAAAACUCCAAAACGAGCGCCUUGCAAGCGGAGCUGUUCAAACCCAAUGUGCUUCCACCUCCAGGAGACGAAUGCAGACCUCGUAGGCUCAAGAACACUUCCGAAGUCCCUGGACAAAGAGACCGAGAGAAGGGGAAGUUCGCCAAACCCAAACCAGCUCCUCCUCCGCCUCCGGUCUCGAGCGGCAAAUCCGGAAAGACUUCGAGGAGCCCCACUUUUGACGUUUCUUUGGAUACCAAAGCCAAAGGCUCGUCUGAACACAACCCUCCAAGUCCUGGAUCCGCAGAACAAGGCAAAGGCGUGAGCCUUUCCCAAGAAAGUGCUAAGAAAGUGCCAAAAACCACCUCAAAAGUGCAGCCCCCAAAGACGACUUCUAUAUCCCCAAGCAGUCAGCUGCCAGGGAUGGGAACCGGAUCGGCUGUCGGUGAUCCGGGAUCCAACUUCAUUCCCCUCAUGACGACUCGCCGCUCGCUAAGGAAGACGCGCCAGCCGUCAGAGCGGCUCUCCAACUCCUGCAUCACAUGCGAGAUGGUCUUGGAGAGCACCGAGCUCCUGCGAGCCGGCAUCGGCCGCAUUACGGAGCAGACCGGCAGCCAUAGCGCGGUGCUGGAAGCCGGCAAGAAUCUGUCCAAGUAUUGCGCGAGCUACGUCGAGUCCAUCCAGCAGAUGCGCAACAAGUUUGCUUUCCGCGAAGCCAUCAAUAAGUUGGAGAGCAGCCUGCGCGAGCUGCAGAUCUGCCCCGCCGCCACCGGGGGAGCCAACACGCCUCAAGACUUUUCAAAGCUGCUUUCCUCCGUCAAGGAGAUCAGUGACAUUGUUCAGAGGUAGCGGAGAAGAGCACAGAUGCGACCGGUGUCAUCUGCGUGUCUGGGGCUUCUCUGGUGAUGUGAGCCACCUCGGCUUUUCUCAUGCCAAAUAGAGGAACGUUUCCGAAAGGUUCAGUGUCUUAUUACUGUGCACAAGUGCAGGGGAACCGUUCCUCCAGAGUCCGCUUGGCGAUCUUAAGGUAGCCCAGGUUCAAGUCGUAGUGACUUGAUUGAGUCUCUGUAAUUCCUUGACUUUCCUCACUGCAAAAAAUGUUUUUCUUCCUUAGUAUUUUGUCUUGUUUUCUAGUGUAAAUGUCUUCAAAUUCUGGAAUUAAGAUGCU